UUAUUAUUUUUUGCCUUUGCUCUACAAGACUACAAUGCUUUUGUUUUCAUCAAAAGUUUUCAGUUGAACUUAGGAUCUGUUCCGGCUAUCCCUCUUCUGCAUUCGCCUUUCCAUCGUUCGACCGACCACUCACCAAGCAGCGAUGAGCACAUACAGAACGGUUGAGAUUUUUGAGCCUUCACCAUCUCUCUUCGUUAGAGAGACAUCCAUUUUCAGACCCAAACCCCUAAUUUUCCCAUCAUUCAUAGAAGAAAAUGACCUUGCUUUCACUCUCGAUCUAUUAGACCCUAAGCCUAGCCUCUCUGACUUCGAUCUCUUUCCCCAAUGCUUCUCCUUUCCUUCUCCGUUGCCUCCCUUUAAUGUCUUCGAAAACGUUACCGAUCUCAUCCAGAUCGACAAAACCCCAUUUUCUUCUACUUACAAGAGGUACCAAGAACGAACGGCCACUGAUUUCUACUUGCGAAACCUGUGCAAUCGUGUAUCUGCUCUCGAGCUGGGAUGUGAUCGGUUCCUCAAUGCCAAGAAGAUCAAUGAUCUGGAACGGAAGUAUUCAUGGACCGCGGAGAUCAAAUCCCCGGAGAAAAGUGGCCUCGAUCGGAAGUAUAAGUGGACAGCGGAGAUUAAGGCUGGAAAAUCCAAAAACGGUGUGCCAGGAGGUGUAGAAAAGAAUUUCAAGUGGACGGCUGAGAUUAAAGGGCCGGGAAAAGACUCUCCCAUCUCUCACACUUAUACGUUCAAAGCAUCAACAUCUCCUGCCGAUGCCGGAGAGUACAGUGGUUACUCCUCCAAGCCUAAGAACAAAGGCGCUAAACAUUUGCCCUCCAAACGUGUAGUGGAGAUUGAAGAACCGACUGGUCAUGGAGCCAUUGUUCUUAAACAGGCUUUUGCUAAGAGGACUCACAAUGGUAAGGGGAAGAAGAAGGAAUUGUCUCCCCAGGAUGCGGCCAUAGUGAUCCAGAUGAGCUUCAGAGCUUAUUUGAUCCGUCGAUCCCAAGCUCUUCGGGCACUUAGAGAUCUGGCUGUGGCCAAAGCCAAAUUGAAGGAGAUUAGGACAUUGUUCAACAACUUCUGCUACAGAAAACGCAUUGCCCGUGAUGCAGAGGAACGGCAGAGGUUUUCUGAGAAGAUUAUUGUCCUGCUUCUCACUGUUGAUGCUAUAGAGGGAGCUGAUCUUAUGGUUCGAGCAGCAAGGAGAUCAAUGGUGGAUGAGCUGGAAGCAAUGCUCGAUGUGGUUGAUCCCCAGCCUCCUGGUAAGUUAGGUUCCUUGAAGAGGAGGAAGUUCGAUCUGCCUGAGGGUGGUAUCCAGAAUGAAAUUGCAGCUGGUGUGACAGAGGUUGUCCAAAUGCUGGAUCAAGUUGAAAAUGGGGGUAGUACCUUUGAAGCAUGCUUGUGAGAACAUGGCUAAAGUGAGGCCCUUCUCUUCCUGUUGUUCUUACCCUUUUAUGUUGUCUUCUGCUGUUAACCUGAGAGAUGUAGGUAUUGCGCCCUUUUAACCCGUUUUGUUGAUCAAAAAUUUUUUUCGAGACUUUCCCGCAAAAGUAAUAUGAUGGGUUUGAAGGGGAGCCCCUGAAUGUGUUAGGCACUUGGACUUUGUGUUUGUAAUGUUUAAAUGCAACCAUGUUUUAUCUACAAGUCUGGCAUUUCUCUCUUUUA